GAAGCGGUGCAGCAUGGCGCGCGGCUGCCUCCAGUGCGUCAAGUACCUCAUGUUCGCCUUCAACCUGCUCUUCUGGCUGGGGGGCUGUGGCGUCCUAGGUGUUGGCAUCUGGCUGGCCGCCACGCAGGGGAACUUCGCGACCCUCUCCUCCUCUUUCCCGUCACUGUCGGCUGCCAACCUGCUCAUUGUGACGGGCUCACUGGUCAUGGCCAUUGGCUUCGUGGGCUGCAUCGGGGCCAUCAAGGAGCACAAGUGCCUGCUGCUCACAUUCUUUGUGAUGCUUCUGUUCGUGUUCCUGCUGGAGGCCACCAUCUCUAUCCUCUUCUUCGUCUACACAGACAAGAUCGACAGGUAUGCCCAGCGCGACCUCAAGAAGGGCCUGCACCUGUAUGGCACACAGGGCAAUGUGGGACUUACCAAUGCCUGGAGCAUCAUCCAGACAGACUUCCGCUGCUGCGGUGUCUCAAACUACACCGACUGGUUCGAAGUCUACAACGCCACGCGGGUGCCUGACUCAUGCUGCUUGGAGUUCACCGAGAGCUGCGGCCUGCAUGCACCCGGGACCUGGUGGAAGGCGCCCUGCUACGAGACAGUGAAGGUUUGGCUGCAGGAGAACCUGCUGGCUGUGGGAGUCUUUGGGCUGUGCACGGCCCUGGUGCAGAUCCUGGGUCUGACCUUCGCCAUGACCAUGUACUGUCAGGUGGCCAAGGCUGACACCUACUGUGCAUAGCC